AUGUUGGAGACGCCGAAAGAACAGAAAACGGUUGAGUCCUCUUUACGUUUCGUGCUCUCUUCUCCCGUCACACCGACGAUUCCGAGCGUCUUCAUUAAUGAUCCUGUUCUACCCAAACCUUUGAGUCCAACACUCCCUGCAGUUUUUGACUCGACUGAACUCGAUGCUCCUACUUCUCCGACUCCAAAUCCUCAAAAACAAGUGCAACAGGAACUUGCUCACAAAGAGGAGCAGACAACCACUCCGCCUGCUGUUACCAAUUCGAGAGUUAGGACUUCGGGGGGCACUUCACAAACGACAACAUCGCAAAAACAAGAACCCACAGUAAAGUCAAAGCCGGCAGCCUCGGCUCCAGUUUCAAAAAAAGGUUAUACUCCAUCGGACACGAACAAAAGCUCGGAAUCAUCCGUUACACAGCGCCGUCCGACUCUUCCAGCCAAGACGCAAGCACAUUUGCCGGCAGAAACGGCCUCACCCACAACCAAACAACCUUCUGCAAGGUCUCAAGAAGACUCAUCUGCAAAGGUUCAUAGUCCUGUUAAUCAUGCGAAGCCAGUAAAAUCAGAAGGGAAUGGAACAAGUGAUAGUUCUACUAAGGUUCUCGCAACCAGUAAUCCAAAUCCUCGACAAAACAGACCGCGUGAGAAUCCUCCAACCGUGUCGUCUUCACAGGAAUCGAGUGCUGGAGACAAGCAAGAUGCGAAACGAAAACUCAGCGUUACACUAUCGGAUUAUCGAAAACUGCGGAAACAUGAGACUCCAGGAACAGAAAGUUCAAGGCCAACCAACUCACACUCAUCCGAAAAUAGUACGCCGGUUUCCUCGCCUUCUUCAAAUCGCGAGGCACAGUUGAGUUCUCUCUUCAAAAAGUUCACCGUAAUCGGUAAGCGCCAAAAGAAAGAGGCCGACAAGAAAGGAACAUAUUCCCAAACAUACGCAGUGGACGCACUAUUGUGCUAUAUACUUGCUUUUGAAGCCCACUAUUUUUUGAAUGAGCUACGCAAAGCUCCUCCUUCAGCCAGCAACUGGCGUACAUUACCGGCAUACAUUCAUUACAUUCAGCAUCCCAAACAAAACAUGCAUCCUCAUUUACGCAGUCUUUGCAACCAAAUUAUGGGUAUUGUUUUUCAACGGAUAUUUACGAUCGAGAUGAGACGUAUGGAUAUUCUUCAACACAACGUCUCAAAACGCCUAAGCGCCAAAAAAGGUCUACAGUCUCCAGAAGAGUUAGAGGAGCUGAAAAGUCUGACGCAGCUUGCCGUGAAAGUGAGAGAAGCCUGGUACCAGGCGUCUAACUGUUUUAAGCUUGCGAGCACAUUACUGCCAAUGCGAGAGUUGCUGAGCAAUUAUCCCAAAACUUGGGCAUUGUAUACAAACGAGAACAGCACACCCAUGCCCAUGUUCCUGGAUCAUAUGGAUGUUAAAAAUGUCCUUUGUUUUGGUCGUUCCCUACUACAGGAGUGGGCGGAAAAUGCACACUUUGAUUCCUUCACUACAGAGUUGAAGUUCGACGACAUUCACUGUAUAUGAUGAUAGUUAAUACCCAUUUAAACUUAAUGUAUAAUAUACACUAUUUUACACAUAUUUUGCAUACAACAUAGGGCGUUGAGCCAAAAACAUUCAAGUUGCGAGAACAUUAAAUGAAUGCGCAAGUACGCACCCUUCUCAGACAAAUCAGCUUUUCUACGCCAACAUGCAUUUGCAGGAAAAAGUAGUACUCAAGCAACCAAUAAAUGAAGCUUGCAUGAGUACAAGACCAGAGACAAAUGUAUUCAAAACAUCAAAAACAAUGAAACAAGCAAAUUAUGAGGAAGCAACAGAGUAGCGCUCCAUCUUUGCUAAGACUCGACGGGCACACGGAAUGUUCUUCAUCUGCGACAUCAGUGGUUUAAUACUAGCAAACAUCUUUGCCCGUUGCUCCGGGGACGCACAUUCAAGUGCAGUUUGCACUACAUAAUUUGCAAAUUGAUCCUUGAGAAGUCUCGAUAAAUGUUUCUUAUCCAACAACUCGUCUAUAAGAAGAGCUCUUAAUUCAUCUGAAGCCAUGGAAAGACUCUUAAAAAAGGAACGUUAAUACAACGAAUAGGGUACACAAACAGUAAUCUUUGACAAACCUUUUCCAUCACGUUUGAGCUAAACUUUUGAACAGACAGCAUGCGGACCUUAUGCAAAAACUUGCGUAUAACGGCAUCUGUAUACACCGGCUCUUUGAGAUCCAAUACGUAUUGAACGACAUAGUUUCCAAAGGCGUCCUGCACCAAUUCCAAGGCAACAGGAAUAAUAUGAAGUACAAGCAUCUCGCGCUGCGCGGGAGAUGCGUGGUCAAAGCAUCGUUGUACGACACAGCAACCGUGUCGAUGUGUUGACACUUCGACAAUAUUUCUACAUAUAGCACUAUAUAUAAACUAGACGACUGGUUAGCAUAUCAUAGGCGAAAACUCAUGACAAUGAAAAAAAAACAUACCUGGGAAUCCUCAGAGGAAAACUGAUUCAAACACUUUUGAAUCACAUGGUUUCCGUUUAAAUCCUUAAUUAACAAAACAACAUUGUUUUGUAAAGACUUUACAACACAGUCAAUUUGUUCUGGAAGGGACACCAGUUCCAAAACCUUUUGCAGAGCCCGAGUCCCAUGCAUGUUUAACGAAAUAGGAACGAGCUUACUGGAUAUUACUUUUACAAAAGCGGUCCGCUGAAAAUCAUUAGCAUGUUCGAAAAGCUU